AUGGGGAGCCAGGGUCCCGGUGGACCGCCCCGGGUCCAGGCUCCCUACACGGUUCUGCUGCUGCCACUGGGAACAAGCUGCCGAGACUCGGGCCGUAGCUUUUUCCUCUGGCUGCAGAGGAUGCAGGCUCUGGAGAGGGAGCAGGAUGCCCUGUGGCAGGGGCUAGAGCUGCUGGAGCAUGGCCAAGCCUGGUUUGAGGGCCAUCUGAGGGAGGCCCAACACGAACAGCUGCAUCUAGGGGCCCUCGGUGAGAAUUUUCUAACAGAUUUACACUCAAAGCCUCGUGGCCUCCAGUUAGCCCAGAUUCAAAAGGUGAACAUGUGUUUGCAGAAUCUGAUUCAGGAGAAACUCUCCCCAUAUCCCCUAAAUAAGGCUAGUUCCUGUGCUGCCCAGGACUGGAAGGGAAGGCCAAGGAAGCAGAACUUACAGCAGCAACAGGAGUUGCUGAGGCAGAAGGGAGGCAUUUGGCCAAAAGGAGAGACCCCUCAGCUGAGCUGUCCCAAGAUGCAGAAGGGCCCAACCCGUGUGUAAAGCCUCCUCUGGGUUUCCUCAUUUGGUGAGGGGGAAG